AUGACAGCUGUAAAAGCAAAUAGUGUACCUGAUGUUUUCCCAAAAAUUCCAGUAAUUGCCAUCACCAGAAACCCAGUCUUUCCCAAAUUUCAUAAAAUGCUCGAAGUAUCAGACAAACUACUGGUAGAUAAUCUAAGAAGAAAAGUUAACCUUAAACUGCCUUAUGCUGGUAUAUUUCUUAAGAAGGAUGAAAGCAAUGAAAAUGAAGUUGUGAAAUCAUUAGAUGAAAUUUAUCAAGUUGGAACAUUUGUUAAGAUAGAAGAAAUGGUUGAUCAGGGUGAUAAAUUGAGAUUAUUAGUAUCUGGUCACAGAAGAAGAAGAAAUGGAAGGAAGAAUGAUGUAAAGUCAUCUUUUGUGGAGGAAGACAUUCCAAAAGAAACAAAUACAUAUGUUGUAAAAGAUGAAGAGUCUGAAUUGCUGUCCAAAAUUGAGAAUGUUUUAAUGGUGGAAGUAGAGAAUUUUAAUCAUGAUGAAUAUAUUAAAAAUGAUGAAAUCAAGGCAAUGACAUCAGAAAUGGUGCAGACCAUCAGAGAUAUUAUAGCUCUCAAUCCAAUCUAUAGAGAAAUGUUACAUCAUGUAUUACAUGCUGGACAGAAAGUUAGUGAUGAUGCUAUAUAUAUGAGUGAUUUAAGUGCUGCAUUGACAUCUGGGGAUCCUGAAGAAUUACAGAAAGUUAUAGAAGAAACUAAUGUACCAAAUAGAAUGAUGUUAGCAUUAUCAUUGUUAAAGAAAGAAUUAGAAUUAAGUAAACUUCAGAAGAAGAUUGGAAGAGAGGUAGAAGAAAAGGUAAAGAAACAACAUAGAGAAUAUAUACUGAAAGAACAAUUAAAAAUUAUCAAGAAGGAACUAGGUUUAGAGAAAGAUGAUAAGGAUGCUAUAGUUGAAAAGUUUCAAGCUCGUCUGAAGAACCUUAUUGUACCUGAUCAUGUUAUGGAAGUUAUUAAAGAAGAAAUUAGUAAACUAUCUUAUUUAGAUCAUCAUUCUUCAGAGUUCAAUGUGACUAGAAAUUAUUUAGAUUGGUUAACAUGUCUACCAUGGGGAGUACAAACUGAUGAAAACUUGGAGUUAAAACAAGCUAGAGAAAUAUUAGAAGAAGAUCAUUAUGGAAUGGAAGAUGUUAAAAAGAGAAUAUUGGAAUUUAUAGCAGUGAGUAAUAUAAAAGGAAGAGUUCAGGGUAAAAUAUUGUGUUUUUAUGGUCCACCUGGAGUUGGAAAAACAAGUAUAGCUAAAUCUAUAGCUCGGGCUCUAAAUAGACAGUAUUUUAGAUUCAGUGUAGGUGGUAUGAGUGAUAUAGCUGAAAUUAAGGGACAUAGGAGGACAUAUGUUGGCGCCAUGCCUGGUAAAUUGAUUCAAUGUUUGAAGAAAACAAAAUCUGAGAAUCCUUUAAUUCUGAUAGACGAAGUUGAUAAAAUAGGUCGAGGUAGUCAGGGUGAUCCAUCCUCAGCUUUAUUAGAAUUAUUAGAUCCUGAACAAAAUGCUAAUUUCUUGGACCAUUAUUUAGAUGUUACUGUUGAUAUGUCGAAGGUUUUGUUUAUCUGUACAGCUAAUGUAUUAGAAACAGUACCUGAACCAUUACGAGAUAGAAUGGAAUUAAUAGAUGUAUCAGGCUAUGUAGCUGAAGAAAAAUUAGCCAUUGCAAAUAAAUAUUUAGUAAAACAAGCUGAAGAACAUACUGGUUUAACUGAUAAUAAAGUUAAUAUUAAUGAUGAAGCUAUGAAUAUCCUAAUCAAAUCUUAUUGUCGAGAAAGUGGUGUUAGAAAUCUUCAAAAACAAGUAGAAAAGAUCUAUAGAAAGUCAGCGUAUAAAAUAGUACAUGAUAAAGUUGAUACGAUAUCAGUAACACCUGAUAAUUUAGAAGAAUAUGUUGGAACACCUAAAUUUUAUUCUGAUAGAUUAUAUGAUAAAACACCACCUGGUGUUGUGACAGGGUUAGCUUGGACUUCUAUGGGUGGAUCAACAUUAUUUAUUGAAACUGUUUUAAAGAAACCAUUAGAUGAUGGUAACGAAAAAGAAAAAGGUUCUUUAGAAAUAACUGGUAAUCUAGGAAAUGUUAUGAAAGAAUCUGCUCAGUUAGCCUAUACCUUCACUAAAUCAUUCUUUACACAACAAUACCCAGAGAAAGAUUACUUACAAAAAGCUAGUAUACAUUUACAUGUUCCUGAGGGUGCCACACCUAAAGAUGGACCUAGUGCUGGUUGUACUAUUGUUACUGCUCUAGUAUCAUUAGCAUUAAAUGAACCUGUAAGAGAUAACCUAGCUAUGACUGGUGAAGUUUCUUUAACUGGUAAAGUGUUAGCUGUUGGUGGUAUCAAAGAAAAAAUAAUUGCAGCCAAAAGAGUUGGUAUUAAUACUAUAAUACUACCAGAAGAAAAUAGAAAAGAUUUUGUUGAUCUACAAGAUUUUAUUAAAGAGGAUUUAGAAGCUCAUUUUGUGAAGCAUUAUAAUGAAGUGUUUAAGAUAGCUUUCCCUAAUUUAUGA